UGUAUCGGCAGCGGCAACAGAAGCCGAAUGUAAUGUUGUUUGGUAUGUGGGUUUGUUUUUGUUUAUGUUGUCAUGUUGUUAACAGUAUUUCAUAUAGAAGUUUCUUAGCAUUUGUGCAGUGUAUAUCUUUGCCUGAUACAUUCACUUCAGGUGCUGACAAAUUGUUCCUGGUAUUGAGUAUCAUCAUAAUAGAAUCACUUUAUUUAUCGAGACUCUAAAGACUGUCUUAGAUGUGAAAUUUGAAGGAACAGUUCCUGAAGAAGUAAUAUUAGAAAGUGAAGUGACGAAUUAAAAUUUUACAUCUGAACAAAACUGUUGAUAAUUAAAUGCAACAAAACAGAUAACAGUUUUUAAAAAGUGUUCAUGAAAAAAACAUUUGAGAUUCGUAUAGUUUUAAUAUUGUUAUCGGUAAAACUUUUACUAUGGCUGAAAACAAAUUAGAUGUCUGUAUUGUGGAUUCUGGAGAGAUGAAGCGAAAGUAUGAAGACGAAAUUUUCGGCAGUCAAACUUAUACUAAAAGACAAGCACUAGAGCUUAAUAAAACAGUUCAUGCAAUUUCUAUUGUUGAAAAUAAAAAAUCAGCUGAAGUUAUUUAUACACAAUCAAAGAAAAAGACACAAGUUUCAAAAAAAGCAAAAAAUUUCAAACAUAAAGCUGUAACUGCUUUGAGUACUUUAAAAACGCCUACUUAUGGGAUGAAGCCUUGUUCAGUUAUUAUUGAACCUAUUGAUAUAGAUCAAUUAGGAUAUAAAAGUUCACCCGAAUUAAGUAAAGUAACAAAUGCUGAAAAAAAAUCAAGUAAUGUCCACAAUACUACAUUCAGUAGUAAUCAUCGGCAAAAAAGAUUAUCAGUUGUUAAUACUAAAAAUAAGCCUUCAAAUAAACUAAUUAAAGCAUUAAAAUCUGUAGAUUCAACUGUAUCAGAUGAGAAGUUAGAUUCAAGUGUCACACCUAUGAAUAGAGUAAUAACAACUAAAGAUUUUAUUAAUGCAAACAUUUUAAACCUAGGUAAUAAGGGUGGAAGGUAUAAUGUGAGUGAAAUUAAUAAAAAACAACAUGUAUCAAAACAAAUGAAUAAUAAGUCAACUAAUAAAAAUAUAUCAUCAAAGAUACAAACUGGUUCAAUAAAUACCAAAACACCAUUAUUUGAAGAACUUACAGUCACAGAUUUUAUUGAAAUGAACUCAUCUAAACUAUCUCAACAAUUUUACUCACCUCAUACUAAUUCGACUUUGAAAGAGUCUAGGUUAUCAACAUUUAAACCAAGUAAAAACUCAGAUCAAGUAAACAUUUCACAUUCCAAAGAGCCUCCUUCAGUUCAAACAGAUUCUCAAAUUUCUGAAUGUCUAAUAGAUGAAUCUGUGUCAACUAAUGAAGGCAUAAACCUUAAAGGCAAUGGUUCACAAAUAAUUGUAAAUACUAAUAUAAUAGCCACUAAUCUGAAUUCAACAUCAAAUUGUUCUCAUAGACAACCAAACUUUACUCCAAAUGAUGUCGGAGUACCAGAACUAUCAAAUUGCAAAUCUCUUACAAUCACAGACAAAUCUAAUAAAAGUCAAAAUCCAACAGAAUUGCCUGAAAAUGAUUUAAUUGUUCCAAAUUUGUUGUCAUUUAGUAACUCUCCCAAUUUGACUGUUUCAGUAUAUUCUUCUGGACAACAAUUAGUACAUUUAAACACGUCACUUCUUCCAAACCAGAUGAAUUCUCUGAAAGUACAAACAAAUUUAGAAAAAGUGUUCCAAAAAAAUCUUAUUCAAAUUUUGCAGAAACCGGAUUCUAUGUCAAGUAUUACAAGAAAUAAUAGAAAUAAUGUUCAAACCCAAACUUUUAAUUCAAGAAAUAUAAAACAAGUUGUGCAACAAGUGAAUCAACAAAAGUCACCAACGAAUUGUGGUAUUUGGUUACGUUCAAACAAAAAAUCUGAAGAAAAGAACACAUCUCAAAUACAAUUGUUUAGCUCGGAAGAUAAAACACUUUCAUCAUCACAUUGUGUUUCAAUUUCUGAGAAACAUACAGCAUCAACUAUAAGUUGUACUCUGUCACAAAGCCAAUCUGUCAGUUUGACAAGUAAUUUAUCAUCAGAUCUACAGACCCUUGGAGGUACAACUAUAAAUAACACAAUGAAACCCUUAACAAAUGAUCAAAUAGCUAAUUGUGAUUUAGAACACAAAUUAGGUCAUGUAUGUUUCAGAAAGAAAAAUAAAGAUCUGGAAGAAAUUUUAGAUGGAACACCACCCUUUAUUCAAGAAGUGUUUAAAUGUGACAAUAUUAGAGAUGGAUUUAAUAAUGCUGAUCUUGUAUUUGUCCUCAGUUUAUUACCAGAUAUUGAAGAAAUGACAGAUGCACAAAAAAGGACUUUUCAGGUUAUGGUAAUAGAAUCACUGAAAAGUGUGUUCGGUGAGACACAGUAAUAGUUAUCUAUAAUUAUAAUUAAACUUACUUCAUCAAUCAAUCAAUACCAUAGAAAGUGAAAAAUACAAACUAGUGGGGACCGUAGGUCAGGUUACCGAUUUGUUCAAAUUUUGAAAUAUAACCUAAAAAUAACACAGACCUAAGCAAUUUUUAAAUAUUUAGAAUAAAUAAAAACAAACAAUUGUGAUAUACAUUUAGUAUGAUAUUUAGGUGAUUUUAAUGAAGAAACAUAUAGUACAGUUACUGUACACAAAAAGAAUUUACUACAAACCUAAUUGUGAUACAGAUCAUUAAAAUGUUACUGAUAAAUUUUGGUAAUAUUCUGUUACAUGAGUGUGUUUCAACAUUUUUUUCUACCAGCCAAGUCCUUCAUUCACUUAAGUAGCAAGAGAUGAUAUAGACUACAUCUGGGUGU